AUUUUGAAGGGCAGAAUCUCCGGAUGUUGCGCUAUUGACUUCCGUUGUUGAUUAGAGGAGCUCGAGGCUGUUUUUUAGUUUUCAAGUUUUCUUACAGGCUACAGCAAUGUCUUUUUGUUCAUUUUUCGGUGGAGAGGUUUUUAAAGACCAUUUUAAACCUGGGAUUUAUGUCUGCUCCAAAUGUGGUUACCAGCUGUUCUCCAGCCACUCCAAAUAUGACCACUCAUCUCCAUGGCCUGCCUUCACUGAGACCAUCCAUGAGGACAGUGUCUCCAAACACCAGGAGAGACCUGGUGCUUACAAGGUACUAUGUGGAAAAUGUGGAAAUGGACUGGGACAUGAGUUUGUCAAUGAUGGACCAAAAAAAGGACUGUCUCGCUUUUGAAUAUUCAGUAGCUCACUGAAGUUCAUCCCUAAAGAUAAGGUUGAUGGACAGUAAGGUGAGCCUGUGGAGAGACGGUUGCUGGAACCUCUAAAACGUUUCUUACUGCGGGUCAAAGUACGGUCAGCGAAUGAGGAGUUCUGGAACAAAGCCCAGUGUGGGAGAACCGGGACUCUGAUGAAUGGUGGCCUCACUGCGCAGCAAACAGAUACUUGUGGUCUCAGCACCAGUUAGCCUGCAAUAAAUACAAACUUUGUCUUUGAGCCAAGAUACCUCACAGAUCACACAUGAUUCUAUAAGAAGGCUGAAAAAUAAUUGCUGAGGAAAUAUAUAUUUUUGUAACAGCCUUUUAAAACUCAUCAUUUAAGUUUGGCUGUAUUUAAAUGUAUUUAUGAUUUUUCAGAUGAUUUUUAACAAUAAUAUCUACAGUGUUUUGAAAGUAAUAUUUUCACUGGAUAAACAGAGCUGAUAAUAAAAAUCUUGUGGUCAAACGA